CGCCUCAGCGCUGCGCCCGGUGCCUGGGCCGUGUCGCCGGGGGCCUCGGCGGCCUGCCAGGGCUGAGCCCCCGCGGCGGGGCCGGCUGACUGCCUCCCUCUGACCAGGUGUGCCCCUGCGGAGAGGAGCAACAGCAGAAUGACGACCGUGAGCUCUCCAAUGGCAGAAGAGCCUACUAUAAAGAUUGAUGAUGGCUGUGAUGAGGAUAAUGAACCGGACAGCUGUUCCAGUACCAUUAGGAGAAAAAUUUCUCCAUUUGUCAUGUCAUUUGGAUUCAGAGUAUUUGGAGUUGUGCUCAUCAUUGUGGACAUUAUUGUUGUGAUUGUGGAUUUGGCUCUCGGUGAAAAGAAAAGAGGCAUUAGAGAGAUUCUUGAAGGUGUUUCCCUGGCAAUAGCACUCUUCUUCCUCAUCGAUGUUCUCCUGAGGGUGUUUGUUGAAGGGUUCAGGAACUACUUCCGGUCCAAGCUGAAUAUUUUGGAUGCGCUCAUUGUGGUGGGCACUCUAUUAAUUAACAUGACAUACUCUUUCUCUGACCUUGCUGAAACAGAUCAGAUACCAAGAGUGGCUGCUCUUCUUCGAGUUCUGAGAAUUGUCAUCCUAAUAAGAAUAUUCCGCCUAGCCUCGCAAAAGAAACAACUUGAAGUGGUGACCAGGAGGAUGGUUUCAGAAAACAAAAGGCGUUACAUGAAAGAUGGCUUUGAUCUGGAUCUCACUUAUGUUACUGAUCGUAUUAUUGCAAUGUCAUUUCCGUCCUCUGGGAAGCAGUCUUUCUAUAGGAACCCUAUAGAGGAAGUUGCAAGAUUUUUGGACACCAAACACAAAGACUGCUAUAAAGUCUACAACCUCUGCAGUGAAAAAGGCUAUGACCCCAAGUACUUCCAUUACAGGGUAGAAAGGAUCUUUAUUGAUGAUCACAAUGUCCCAGCGCUAAUGGACAUGCUGAAAUUCACUGCCAGUGUCCGUGAGUGGAUGAAUCAAAAUGAAAAGAACAUCAUAGCAAUUCAUUGCAAAGGAGGCAAAGGCAGGACUGGAACAAUGAUCUGUACCUGGCUCAUAGACAGUGACCAGUUUGAGAGUGCAAAGGAGAGUUUGGACUACUUUGGGGAGAGAAGAACUGAUAGAAGUACAAGCACCAAAUUUCAAGGAGUUGAAACUCCAUCCCAGAGUAGGUAUGUUGGGUAUUAUGAGAUCCUGAAAAACAAGUAUAACUUGAAACUCCCACCAGAGAGAGAACUCAAAAUAAAAAACCUCAAAAUCCACUCUAUACAUGGAGUUGGGAAGGGCAAUGGAACUGAUAUGAAAGUGCAGAUAAUAAUGAGAAAACAAGUUGUACUAGAGUGUGUAUGUGCCACGCAGGCUAACUGCAAGCUCUUCUUUGAUUCUGAAAAUGACUCUGUAGUCAUUGGUUUGGAAGACAGCCCUGUUAUAAGAGGUGAUGUGAAAGUCAGAUUUGAGUCGCAAUCUGCUCUCCCAAAAGGCUAUGAUGACUGCCCAUUCUUUUUCUGGUUCAACACUUCAUUUAUUGAGAAUAACAGACUCUACCUUCCCAGAAAUGAGCUGGAUAACCCUCACAAGUCUAAAACAUGGAAAGUCUAUAGAGAAACGUUUGCUGUGGAAGUGAAUUUUGUGGAACCCUAAGGGAAGGCUGCAAGAAGGGAAACACUUUGAAGAAAAUCAUCUUCAUUCCUGAAGAAUGUCUUGCUUUUUCCACAUGAAUUGGAGCAGUCUUCCAAUGUACUUAAUGUAUAGAUAAUGUGUACUUAACUAUGUAGAUACAGCUUCUCAAAUAAACUAUAUGAAGUUCUGUUGUGCAGAGCAGUAA